UUAAACAAUAUAAAAAAUGACCAGAGAUUAAACGGAACUCGGACACAAAGUGGCGAGAGAAUCGUGGCCAUGGCGUAUGCGGACGAUAUAGUACUGAUAAUCAAUAACCAAGACGAACUGGACAUAGUCAAUGAACACUUGAAGAACUAUGAAAAGGCCUCAGGAGCAAAAUUAAACCAACACAAAACAGAGGCAGUCUGGUUUGGAAAUCCUAAUAAUAAAGUCCCACUUGCUAUAAAAGAUCAAGCCAAAACUACCAUCCUGGGAUUAGAGUUCUCCCACACAUGCAGCUACAAUGACAACUGGAGCGCAAAAGAAAGGGAAGUGAUAGAAGAACUUAGCAAGUGGGAAAACAAGAACACCACUUACAAACUCAGAAUUUUAAUCAUAAAAACAUUUGUUUUAUCUAAAUUAAUGUUCUUAACAAACAUAUUUCCCCCUCAAGCGCACACUAUAAAGAGGUUAAACAAGCUGCUUGUCAAUUUUAUCUGGGGAACCACCAGAGAGGUGGCAAAGCGGGAGCUGCUCUUCAAAAGCAGAAAAGGUGGAGGGCUUGGAGCCAUGGAUGUGCCGCUUAAGCUGCUCAUAACCUUUUGCAAAACCAUUGCUGCUGGAGUCCAGCGAAAUGCUGUGUGGGUGGGGCACAGAUCCAGGUGGGAGAAGAAGAAGGGUAGAGCGAGGAAUAACAUCCCCUACUAUGUUUUAGCAUACUCAGACUUUAGAGCGAAACAUGGGCACCUGCCGAUUAACUGGGUCGCAGACUCCAACAAAAAGAUCUACAAGAUUAUAUCAAAUGAUCUUUAUGGUGGUUAUGUCUUGUAUAAAGGCCUCCAAGCGGAGCAUUACGGCACAUGCGUUAGGAACAUCUUUACCCGGGACAUGGCCGAGAGUAAGAGAGACAUCAUGUGGCUAGUGUCCGUCGGCAGACUCGCAGUACGGGCUGUUGUAAAGUGGAGUUGCUUUGUUAAGACCAAGUGUUGUCCUGUUGAUGGAUGCCAGCAGGACGAGACAAUUGACCACCUGUUGUUGGAGUGUCCUCGGGCCAGAGAUGUGUGGGCCAGGAUAAAAGACAUUGGACUGGAUGUGGAGGUCAACCGGAAUACAGUGAUGUUUGGAAUCUUUGUUGUGGAAGACCAGAUGUAUGCUGGUCUUGCAUAAUAGGGCGACGCCAAGUGACGUCAUCGUCAACAAGAUAAUUGCAGAACUGAAACGGCAG